GUUUGUUUAUUAUUUUUGGAUUUGGAUUCCCGGAUCCUUCUGGUCCACCUGGUCCACCUCCUCCAGUCCUUCGAGAUGCGCUCGUGCCCGCUGGCAUUUGCCGUGCUUCUUGGCAUUUUUCACUUGAUCCAGGCCUGCAAUCACUGGGUUCUACGCGAGGAGCAGAUCGUGCCCAAACUGGACUCCCCAUUCCACAUGCGGGAGCCUCAAAAUCUGGCGGCAUUUCUCGAGCAGAUCAGGUACAGUGAGUAUGUGGAGCGGUCCUAUCUGGAUCUCCUGCGCAAGCGGGAACAGAUUGUGGAGCAUCUACGAUUCUCGAUGCGUUUCGGUGAGGAUCUGGCGGAGCAGGCCAAGUGCGCCAUGGACUACUACAUGCUGGAGAAACGAAUGUCUUACUUGAAGAUCACGCCAGAGCAGCUGAAAAGGAUUAAUCUCCCGGACCAGAUGCAAUUGCACAUCCAGAAGAGCGCAUCCUCCAUGGGAAUGGAGCCGGUUUGCAGCGAUUACCACCGAUUGAGCGUGGGUCCAGCCACCUACGAUCAUCUGGAGAGUUUCAGGCCCGAGGUCCUGGCCGCUGCCUUUCUGGAGCGUGACACCAAUGUGGGCAUGGCCACUGUGGAAUUGACCCGCCGAUAUGCGGUGGAGGGACUGCAGCACCAUCCAGCCUCCUGGAAGUUCCACACCCUGAGCUCUUACUACUGGCGGAUGCGAGGAAAUGCCCGGGAGGCCCUGCCCUGUGCCAGAUUGGCUGCCUUGCUGGCUCCGCCGAUAUUCAAGGAUAUACCCCUGCUGAGUCUGGGGACCAUACUCUUUCGAAUGGGCAGACUGGCCGAUGCCGAUUUGAUACUAACCGCCGCUGUGGAACAUGCCCCAAAUGUGGCCGAGAAUCAUGUGGUUCUGGCCUCUGCUCUGGCCAUGAAACACGACUUCAAUCGAUCCCUGCAGCACUUCGAUGAGGCCGAGCGAUUGGAUCCCAGCACAUUGCCGAGAACGCAGCAGGUGCGAAACUUCAUCAGUUGCCUGGAGAACCUCACCAAGAAAACCUCCAAGAUGUAUAGCUAUGUGAAGUACAUGAAGAACGAAGUGAAGGAGUUCAAGAAGCUGAAGCAUCACAUUUCCCAGAAUCACGAGAGAUUGAUCCAGCAGCAACUGCCACUGGGAGCGAGGCGUCUGCUUGGCCUGGAUGCCCAAACCAACAACGAUGAUCUCCAUCGAAGGGGUCAAUACUGCAGCACGAGGACGCCGAAUGGUUCCGAUGAACCGGUGCUAUUCUGCGACUUCUAUUCGGACAUGCAAAUGCGACUGGAGAGCAAGGAUGUGGACAUCGAUGUGCUUGAACGGGAUCUGAAAGCCAAUACGGAUGCGGUCAUUCGCCAGGUGUCCACCGAAAUCCGGAAACAGUUCAAUUUGGAGCAGCUUAAGGCGGCCAAGGCCCAAAUGCCAGCAAAGGCCACCAAGGCUACAUAGUAAUAGUAUAAUGGCAACCACAUGGACUGGCACAUUCCCUUCACAAAACAACCAAAUAUUUUGGGUCACAAAAUAGCUUUUACGAUUAAUCUGUUCUUAAAUAGUAUUUAGUAUUUAGGUAUGUGUGCGAGAGACGUGUGC